CUACAAUCGUUCUUUCACUGCCGUGAUCAAGUUGGAGGACAGUGGGGAUAAAGAAUUUAUUUUUAUAUCAUAUGAAUCUGCACUGUACGUUUGAUAUUAGAUAAAAAAAUAUCGAUCAUUAUCAGUUUUAUCUUUAUUUUAAUAAUUAAAAUUGAAAUCUGUAUGUAUAAAGUUUUAAUUUUUUAUUUUAUAGAAUCAAUUAAACUCAAACAAAAAUCAAAACCUAUAGUUCGUAAACAAACAGCAUCACCACUAUCAAAUGAAAUUCCAUCUAAACCACUUCGUCCUUUACUUUUAUUAUUAGAAAAUGAAAAAGAAAAAACUUCUGAUUCUAUUAUCAAUCUUGGUGAAAGUUUAUUUCGACCAAAAACAUCACCAACUAAUAAACAAGUAGCCGGUCCACAUCGAAUUAAUCCAUUAUUAAAUAUGCUUGAUGGACGUCCAACUAGUUCAAAUAAUAUGAUACGACAACAAACACAACAACAACAACAACAAUCAUUUGAAACAUCUUCAUUUUAUUCAUUUUCAUCAAUGGGAACAUCAAGUCCACGAAAAUUAGUUCAAGGAAAAUUUGUUACAACACAUAAAGCAUCUGAUCUUGAUGCUCUUUAUCGAAUUGCUUUACAAAAUCAAACAGCUUAUAAAUCUGUUGAACAGAAACGUAUUGAAGAACGUAAAUUAUAUGAUAAAGAAUUUGCUUCACAACAUCGAGCUCUUAAGGGUAGCAUGCGAUCGGUUGGUUUUACUAAUAAAAUUCAUUGA